AUGAAAGGAGAUUCUCAGAAAUUAUUAAGUUAUGUAACAGUCCUGGGUGGACGUAGUAACUCUGGGCUUCUAUUUUUAGCUCGAAGAUCUUGGGGUUGGUUUAAUUUUAAAGAAAUGCUUCAGAGAGCUGAAGAAACAAACUACAUCAACAUCAACUGCGUGGAUCCUCUCGGCAGAAGUGCCUUGUUGAUGGCCAUAGACAACGAAAACUUAGAAAUGGUGGAAUUGUUAAUUGAACAUCGCGUGGAGACCAAAGAUGCACUUCUGCAUGCCAUCUCUGAGGAAUUUGUAGAAGCUGUUGAAGUUUUACUCGAACAUGAAGAGACUAUUCAUCGAAAAGGGGAUCCACACAGCUGGGAGGCCCUACCUCCAGACACUGCUACCUUUACUCCGGAUAUCACGCCUUUAAUCCUUUCCGCCCAUAGGGACAACUAUGAAAUUAUCAAGAUCCUUUUGGACAGGGGCGCUACGCUACCCAUGCCGCAUGACGUUAGAUGCGGUUGCGAUGAGUGCGUCACUUCUCGGCAGGAGGACUCUUUGCGGCACUCAAGGAGUAGGAUCAACGCGUAUAGAGCCUUAGCUUCCCCGUCCCUCAUAGCUCUAUCUUCCAAAGAUCCUAUAUUGACUGCGUUUGAAUUGUCGUGGGAGCUACGCAGACUGAGUUUUAUGGAACACGAAUUUAAAAGUGAGUACCAGGAAUUAAGAAAGCAAUGCCAGGAUUUUGCAACUGCUCUCCUGGACCACACAAGAAGUUCUUAUGAACUGGAGGUUCUUUUGAAUCAUGAUCCAACUGGACCAGCCUUCGAACAUGGGGAUAGAAUGCACUUAAAUAGACUGAAGUUAGCUAUUAAAUUAAGACAGAAAAAGACUGAUCCUGUUGCUCUAAAUUUCUAG